UAUAAUGUCUGCUAUUGUCAAUGUCAAACUAAAAAAAUAAUCGCGCGUUGUUGAAAAAAAUAAAUAGCUAACGAAUACUUUCUAUUUAUAAAACUAAUAAGUAAUAACGAAUACUAUUAGAAAAUUAGACAAAAUCGCUGAAAAUGACUGUAGGUCAAACUUCACCAAAUUUGCCGUGGGUUGAAAAGUAUCGCCCAUCAAAAUUAGAAGACUUAGUAUCUCACGAUGAUAUAAUUAAAACAAUUAAUCAGUUUAUGCAACAGAAUCAAUUACCACACUUGUUAUUUUAUGGACCUCCAGGCACUGGUAAAACAUCAACAAUUCUUGCAUGUGCUAAACAGAUGUACACACCACAACAGUUCAAUUCCAUGGUUUUGGAAUUAAAUGCUUCAGAUGAUAGAGGUAUUGGCAUAGUAAGAGGACAAAUCUUGAGUUUUGCAUCUACAAGAACUAUAUUUAAAGCAGGUCCAAAACUUAUAAUUCUGGAUGAAGCUGAUGCUAUGACUAAUGAUGCACAGAAUGCUUUAAGAAGAAUAAUCGAAAAAUAUACGGAGAAUGUGAGAUUUUGUAUAAUUUGCAAUUAUUUGGGCAAGAUCAUUCCGGCUCUGCAAUCGAGAUGUACUCGCUUCCGUUUUGCACCUCUUCAGCAGAAUCAAAUAGUCCCCCGAUUACAAGAAAUCAUACAAAAAGAAAAUGUAAAAAUAACGGACGAUGGAAUCAAAGCUUUAUUGACUCUAUCCGGUGGCGACAUGCGUAAAGUGCUGAACACACUGCAGAGCACGUGGCUCGCGUACCGUGACGUCACAGAGGACAACGUGUACACCUGCGUGGGGCAUCCGCUGCGUUCCGAUAUUAACAACAUUCUCAAUUGGCUGCUUAAUGAAAAUGAUUUUGCUGCUUCGUUUAAACAUAUUCAAGAUUUAAAAAUAGCUAAGGGUUUGGCGUUGGGUGAUAUAUUGACAGAGAUUCACACGAUUAUUCAAAGAUUGAAAUUACCUCCCGAAGUGCUGAUAUCAUUGCUUAUAAAGAUGGCAGAUUCGGAAGCUCGUCUCGCGAGUGGUUGUAGCGAGCGGAUAGAAUUAGCCUCUCUUAUAGCCGCUUUUCAAGAAGCAAGAGAGAAAGUUAACAUUGCUGAACUUAGUGCGUAAGAUAGUGUGUUAAAAUUAAAAUUAUGGUGAAAAAAAUAAAUUAAUUUAAAAUUA